UCUUAUUUUUCAUAUUAGUGUACCACUUGCUUGGCGAUAGAGCUAAUAUAUAGCUGGAUCAACCAGUGCGAAACAAAUCCGAUCGACUUGGAGUGGAGUUCGAUCUCUCUGGUCUCUGCUCCAUGAGCUCCCGAGUGCGAGUUCUCAACGUCUGCCAUGUCCUCCCAGCUGCCGGAGCAGAUGACCGCCUUCUGAAGCUCUCCUUCAUGGACUGCUUGUUCGUCGGGGUGGUCCCCAUGCAGCGGCUCUUCUUCUACGAAGGCCCCGGCGUGCCGCCCUUCCCGUGCCUCGUCCAGUCCCUGCGGUCCUCCCUCGCCGCCGCGCUCGGCGACUUCCUCCCGCUCGCCGGUAAGCUCGACUACCGCCCGUCGGCAGCAGCAGGUGGCCUUGUCGUGGACUGCUCGCCGGCCGCCGUUUCCCCUGGAGUUCGGUUCGUGGAGGCCCAGUACGACGGCAGCAUCGGCGACAUGCGCCGCCUGGCCUGCGGCGAGGAGCACGACCCGGAGGCACUGGUGCGGCUCGGGCCCGAGCUGGAGAUCGGCCGCCUGCCCGCCCCGGUGCUCGCCGUGCAGGUCACGCGGCCGGCCGCCGGCGACGGUGGCGUGGUGGUCGGGGUGUCCGUCCACCACGCCGUGGCCGACGGCCAUUCGGUGUGGCAGUUCAUGAGGGCAUGGUCCGCCGUCUCGCGGUCGGCGUCGGCGUCCCAGGGCCUCGCGGCGCGGCCGACGUUCGACCGGGCGGCGAUCCGGCACCCGGAAGCCGACGAGCUGGCGCGCAGGUUCUUGCGCACGAUUGCGCCGGCGCUUCCUACGGUCAGGUCGUCGCCGUGCCGCCCCACGCUGGAGCUGGAGCUGGACCGGCGGCGAAGGAGCUUUCUGAUACGCGCCGAUCAGAUCCAGUCGGUGAAGGAGCGCAUAAUGGCACAGAGCGCGGCCAUCGGCGAGCAGCUGGAAAAGCUUCCGAGCACCUACGUCGCGGUGUCGUCGUUGGUGUGGACGUCCAUCGUGCGAGCCAAGGCCCUGGAUCUGGACCACGGCGGCGGCGACGCCGCCUGCUACUUCCUGGUGCCGGUGGACUGCCGGCGCCGGCUGCUGCCGGACGCCGGCGAGGGCUACUUCGGGAACUGCCUCUCCCUGUCGUACGCCAAGGCCGCCGCGCGCGACCUAGCGGAACCCGACGCGGGGGUCGCGCACGCGGCCGCGGCCAUCCGCGACGCUGCCCUGGAGGCGCUGGCGAACCCGCUGCGGCGUGCCGAGCGAUGGGCCGAGGCCUACGCGGGGAUGCCCCGCGAGAGGUUCACGCCGACGGGGUCGUCCAACCGGUUCGCGGCUUACGAGACGGACAUGGGUUGGGGCGCCCCGAGCCUGGUUGAGCUCGUGUCGUCGCCCGGCAGGGACAUGGUGCUGCUUCUGGGUUCGCCGGACGGCGGCGUGCAGGUGACCGUGGAACUCGACGGCGCGCACAUGGACCUCUUUGCGGCGAAUUUCCUGCAGGUCUAAAGGAUUCAGACAGGAGUGUUGUUCUUUUUUUUUACGUUAAGGUAUCAUUCUUUUUAUCCCUCUCUUGGUCCAAUAAUGUCGAACCCGGGCAGAUGGUCCGAGUCGCAACUCAAACCCAAUUGUACGUGCUAGUUCAUGGCACGGAUAUUACUAGAACGACGAACAAAUAAAC